AUGAGAGCUUACAGAGUUUCUGAGUUCACUACGAUAUUCAAUGACAUUCGAAUUCAAAAGCCUGAGCUUGCGACAUAUUUGGAGAAGAUUGAUGUUCGUUUGUGGUCUCGAGCAAAUUUUCCAGGAAAUAGGUAUGGUAUAAUGACAAGCAACAUCGCCGAGUCUAUGAAUAAUGUUCUUUUAAAUGCGCGUGAAUAUCCUAUUGCUUGUUUAUUAGAUGAGUUGCGAAAGUUGAUUUCGAAGUGGUUUAUGAGACGUCGGGAGCGCGCUAUGUCACAACCAACUCUGUUCACUCCUAAAGUUGAAAAAACUUUGAAAAAAAGAACUGUUAUUGCCAAUACUCUUUAUGUGCAACACAUAGAUGCUCAUCGUAGCCAUGUCAAUGGCGGUGAACUUGCUUGUGUCGUUGAUCUACAACAGAUGCGUUGCACUUUUUGUGUUUAUAAUAUUGAUAAGAUUCCAUGUGAACACGCUCUUGCUGCUGCUAUGAAGCAUCCCAAUCUAUCCGAAGAAACACUCAUAUGA